CAGUGACAGAAUGCCAGCGAAACACAUGCUGGCGAGAAAGGACGUUACCUAUAGUCCGGGCCCAAAUUCUAAUGGAGAAUACAAAGAAUCGGAAUGGGAUGAUGGAGUGUUUGUAAGAUAUGAAGGCAUGCCAGAGAUGCGUGUUGGGGAGGACUAUCAAGCUGUUAUACCAACAGUUUGCGAACCUGGUGAAUACAAGCCACCAAGAAAAGAAGGGCUUCUUGUCUGGUCUCCAGAUGAGGAAAUGACACCAACUGAUGUGGACUCAUUCAUUCAAAAUGCAACUGGGCAACAUGGCUAUAAUGUGGAACAGGCACUUGGUAUGCUGUUUUGGCAUAAAUAUGAUGUCGGUAAAGCAACUGAAGAUUUGUCAAAUUUCGUUCCUCUUCCAGAUGAAUUCAAUAUUGAAGAUCGUGUAAUGUUUGAGCAAGGUUAUCGCAGCCAUGGCAAGUCAUUUCAUCGUAUUAAAGAGAUGAUGCCUGACAAAUCUAUGGGAAGUCUCAUUCGUUUUUAUUACACUUGGAAGAAAGGCAAGCAUGGAAAAAGUGAAGUUGAACGACAUGUGAGAGACAAACCGUUUGGAACUGAACCAAUGCAACUUAAAUCUGAAGAUGGCAAGACAGACUUGAUAGAAGGAGGUCAUGAUAAUAAUGAUGAGCCUAAGAGACAGCGGACACGACAUUUGCAUGUGAAACGAAUGAGAAGAAAUUUGUUGUCUCCUCCACUUCGAUCAGCACGAAGCAAGAGACUUCCAAAGGGAAUGUUUGUAAACAGAUCUGCUGUUGAAGAGCACACCACAAAUGCUGCAAAGGAGGUUAUGGAAUCUCUAACUGCUGAGCUCAAUCUUCUGAAAACUAAGAUUCAAGCUUGUAAACAAGCAGCAAAUAACAAACCAUAUAAGUGCAAUGAAGAGUUGAUGGCUUUACGACCAGCUCUGCCUCCAAAACACGGAUUCUGUCGCUGGUCAAAUGAUGAGUUUCGGACUGCUAUAGAAGCUGUGCGACGUUAUGGUCGUGAUUUCCAAGCCAUAGCUGACAUUGUUGGGAAAACUGUUCAGCAGUGUCGGAAUUUUUUCAUGAAUUACCGAAAGAAAUUUGAUUUGGACCAAGUGGUAGAAGAGUACAGAGCAAGAGUAGGGCGCCAAAGAAAAGUAGGCAGCCCAACAGAAGAUGACACACAUGAUCAAGUUGUUCAAGAAGAAGAGGACAAAGCAGUCGAAGCUUGCAGUGAUGUUUCAAACAAACGGAAGCCACUUAGCAGAGGCGAGAAACAGCAGCCAUCAAAACGACCACGUUUAGACAUGAUCGCUGAAUCACUUGUAAAAGGAGACAAUGAUUCUGAAGAAAUUGCAAAGUCUUUCAAGGCAGAAGCAGUUCAUGAAGAGGUGGGAUUAACGAACAACAGUACUAAAGGGAAAGACCAUAUUGUAGAAGACGGAACAGCCGCAAGUGAUUUGUCAAAGGAGAACCAAUCAAGAACGUCAAAAAGCACACAAUUUGGGGGACGUUCUACAGAAAAGGUUUGUGGGAGAAGCAGAAAGCAUUAGCAACAUGAAUAUACAACAUCGUCAUGAAGACACAUCUCUUUGAUACAAAUACAAACAUGUUUAUUGAGAAAGUAGUUAGAAUUUGGAGACUAAUAUGUUUCCUAUUUAUUUAAACCCUCCCAAAUUACUUGCCUUUCUCAGCCGUCACAUCUAUUAAACCCUCCCAAAUUACUUGCCUUUCUCAGCCGUCACAUCAGGUCACAUCAGUCAUUUGAUGAUGUGGCAUCUGAGUAAAUCAGCUUACUUUGUCCAUCUCUCUAUUCAUAUCAUUGUCUACUCUGCUUCGAGUGUGUCUUAAUUUAGCCUCAGAGGCUUUGGGUUCAUUUGAACAGUGCAGAGAUAAUCACUGCACAACAUGUACAGAUGCAGUUCGGUUGCUAGAACGCUUGAAAAAUUGACAUUUGAAAUAUGAAACAAUACGUCACACGA